GGCUAUUUCAUGUACGGUGCCGCUUUUCGGUACCCAUUCAUCGAGUGGAGGUUGCCUGUGCGCCGGUCUCGCACUCGCGACUCGCCCCACGCCGGUGACACACGAUUCGAAACGAAUAGUGCAAAUUCAAAUAGUGCCUUCCAAUUUUGAAAUUUUUCUGUGUUUUUAAUUUGAAGUGCUCGUGGUUUUAGUUUCCGGCCAGUGAUGAAUAGUUUGAACUGUCAUUUGUUUUCCCAUAAUUAGGAAACCGUGUUUGUAUUUGACGCGUGAAUAUGGACUUGCCUGAAGGAGCUACAUCAAUGCAUUGUUCAUGGAUGUCUUUUUAACUGGUUUUUCCAAAAGGCUUUUGAUAGCUGUAUGCGUAGUACUAGUAGUCGCGAUGUGUCUCACGCCCGUCGAAGCCCGACCGCCACACAAAACAAGACACAACAAAGAAGAAAGAUUAAAAAAUAAGCUAAUACCAAAAGAAGAAAAAAUGAAGUCCAAGGCGCUGCCAAAGAACGUACCCCUCCACACGAUGUUAGCAAGAAAAAUAAUAAAAAAACUGAAGAACACUAGGAGGUUCUUCGAAGAUGCACGACAAGAAGUCAGGGACUCAAUGGAGCACAGAUAUGGCAACCCCAAAUGGUUGCCUAAAGUCAAAUUCACCGAGAUUCAUAACCACACUUACGAAAACUUGAAUAAUGGAAUGUCUAAGAAAAAAUUUGAGUACAUCGUGCCGAAGCUGUACAGAAGCUUAGUACAAUUCAAGUUGGUCUGGGAGCGCCUCGGCAACGUCACUAUCACUCAAUUAGACAUCCAUUUCCAGCAGAACUACGCGAAAAAACGCGAAUCUGUGAUUCGUUCGACACUCGACGAACUUAUCAAGCUUCUAACAGAAAUCGAAGAUGACAUGGAUAAAGCAAAUAUCCCUAAACCACAUAUUAACGUUAACAAACUAAAUCUAGAAGAUUUACACAAAGACAACGUAGAAACCACUCUCUGUCUUCGACAAGACAUGAUCGCUAUUAGAGCUUAUGCCAAUACAUUGAAGAAGUGGUAUUGGGAACUACGGUGUCCAGACGACUCGAAUCCAAAACUGUCUGAACAAUGCAGAAGAGUUGACCAGGCACUGUUCACGAAAAGAACUCCACAGCGCAACGGCAAUUCUAAACGGCACAGGAGACAAAGAAGGCACCGGCAUUUUAGAUCAAUCCCGUAGUUACAGUUACUCAGUGUUGCGUCAAGUUGUAACAAAUUUAUUGAAAUUCCAAUGAUUUGAAUUCAUCUAAAACUAGACAAACAUGUAUGUUACCCUACGAGUCGAGCCUAGCCUGCGCGACAUGUCCUCGUAAUCAAUUCAUAUUGUCGUAAUUGGUUGAUAUUACAGAUUGUUAACCAAUGAUAAUGAGUCACAGGACUUUUUUAAAAGUCAGACUAUAAGUAUUAUAGUUAUGUAAUUUGAACUCUUAGCUAUUUAUUCUAUUACUUAGUGUCUGUAUUAUUUAUUGUUAGAUUUUAGUUUAUGCUCUCUGUAACACAUUAAGCUUUUGUAUAGUUGUUGUGAAUUGGUAGCAAUUAUAUGAAUGCCCAGUCGAGUAAUUUAACAUUGAUGAUAACUUCUUAUGGUUUGAUAAAAUUUUAAGUAAGUAUCAUUUUAAUCAGUAUUGUCCGUCAAUAUUUCGGAAUAUGCAGUGAUCGAUACAUGUAAGGUGAAGUGUUUGAAGUAACGGUUUUGUAAGUAUUGGGUACUUUCUCUGUGAUAUUUAGUAAUCCGUUGUAAAUAAUUUUAAUUUAUUCUAGGUUAAGCACUUUUAAUAAGUUCCUUUUCAUCGUCACUUUCAUUGUUUUGUUAUUAUUUCAAUUCCACUAUUUUUUUGUCAUCUCAUGUUUUCUUUCUAAUUAUUUAUUAUCCCUACUUUCAUAUUUUAACAUUCAUUGCCUUUGUUCUUUUUUGAUCGUAACUUUUAAAUGUUUAACGAUCUUAUAUUUAUUUUUAUCGAUUGCCAAAUCGGUAACAGUAAAUUUAGUAAUCUUUAUAAGAACCAGUAUUCUGAUU